AUGGGGGAUAAGAAGAUUACUCCCGAAGUGCUGGAGCAACUACUACAGUUUUACAACCUCACCCGUCAGGAGUUCAUCGAGACGUACCAGAUCGAGCCGCUGGUUUACAUCCCGGAGUUACCCGCUGGCGCCAAAACUACGUUUGUUCUCGUGUACACGGUGAUUUUUCUGCUGGCUCUCGUCGGAAACAGUGUCGUUGUGUAUAUUGUGUUAAGAAAGCGAGGUAUUCAGACCGCCACGAAUAUCUUCAUCUGCUCUCUAGCCGUCAGCGACCUGCUCAUCUCUUUCUUCUGCAUCCCAUUCACUCUCCUGCAGAACAUUUCUUCUGAAUGGUUCGGUGGUGUGCUGGUGUGUAAAACUGUCCCAUUUGUUCAGACCACUGCUGUAGUGACCGGCAUCCUCACAAUGACCUGCAUCGCUGUGGAGAGAUACCAGGGCAUCGUACAUCCUCUGAAAAUCAAAAGACAAUGCACCCCGCAAAGAGCAUAUCGAAUGCUGGGGGUUGUCUGGAUCGCAGCCAUGAUGGUUGGAUCACCAAUGCUUUUUGUUCAACAAUUAGAGGUGAAAUAUGACUUUCUGUACGAUAACCAUCAUGUGUGCUGUCAGGAGCGCUGGAGGUCGAGCACCCACAGGAAACGAUACGCAACCUUCAUCUUAGUAUUCCUCUUCCUCCUGCCUCUCGCAGCCAUGCUCAUACUCUACACCAGAAUCGGGAUUGAGCUCUGGAUCCGCAAACAAGUUGGAGACUCUUCAGUCCUCAAUGCUAUGAACCAAAGGGAGGUCAGCAAAAUAGCCAGAAAGAAGCGAAGAGCAAUCAAGAUGAUGGUCACCAUUGUCGUGCUGUUUACUGUCUGCUGGGCUCCUUUUCAUACAGUUCACAUCCUGUUUGAGUACAGUUACCUGAACAAGAAGUACGAUGACGUCACAGUUAAUAUGAUUAUAGCUGUCGCACAGGCCAUAGGCUUUUCAAAUUCAUUCAACAAUCCUAUUAUCUAUGCUUUUAUGAAUGAAAACUUCCAGAAGAACUGCAUGUCCACGCUUUCUGUUUGCAUUAGGAGGUCCAGCCACCGUGUGGACGUAAAGGACAAAUCAAAAGUGCUUUUUUGUAAGUCUGCCAGGCAGGAUGAAGAGAUCUCCGUCAUGCCUAGAAUACAUAUAAUCGAUCAGGUGCAAUAUGCAAGAUCAAACAUGCGAACGUCUAUGUCAUUUCUAGAGGAGAGAAUUUCUGUGGAGAACAAUAGGAAUCAUGCAGGAUGUAUUAGAGACUGAUAGUUAUAUACAUGUAUGUAUAUAGUAAAUGUUUUUAAAUGAAGUCUCUUAUGAUCACCAGAGCUACGUUUAUUUGACUAAAAAUACAGUAAAAACAACAAGAAUAUUGAGAAAUAU